AUGUAUUACCUUAUUAGGCAUCGAACCCUACGGUGCGAGAGACUAUAUCAGCGCGGUGGUUGCAGGAUCUACUACUACUACUAUUACUACUACUGCCACUACUACUACUACUACUACUACUACCACUACUACUACUACUGCUACUGCUGCUACUACUACUACUGCUGCCACUACUACUACUACUACUACUACUACUACUACUACUACUACUACUACUACUACUACUACUGCGAGACCGGAGAGCCGUUAGCAUACAAACCACCGGCUAUUCAUUCCAAACUCUCGCGUGCUUGA